AGCCCACAUCUGAAGGCAAUCCCCGGCUUGAUGGAGGGCUGGUUGCUGCUUGCUGCAUCUGAAAGGAAACGAAGUGAGAGUGCGGUCAUGUUUAAAAAGAUGUGGGGUUUUGUUGUCAUUGUUCUUCCCUGGCAAAUAAUGUGAAUUUUGUAGAAGCAUGAGGUGUUGGGUGUGUGUCUAAAAGUGAUUGGAGUCUGUGAAAUCUACGGAAAAACCUGUCUAAAACAGUCUCUUCUCUGUAAAGAGUGAGACAUCCUCCUAUCUGAUUUGUGAAUCUCAUUGAUUUCCUUUUUGUCAAUUUAUCAGCCUGCCUGACAGCAUCAGCCUGCAGGUACCUUAAGCAGUAGGAGCGCCCUUAACAAGGGAGCCAACUGGAUUCAGCUGAUGCUUUUGGGCCAGCAUCUCUCCCAUUUGCUUUGUCCCCCCUGAGCUCUUACUGGCUCUCCCCCCUUUCCAUCUGGGAGCCAAGUGCCCGUGCUGUAUCCAGAGAGGAUCAAAGUGUGACAGAAGUGCAUCUGGUUCUGAAGGUGUACAGGUGCAAAGUUGUCUGUAGCCAUAGUGUUGUGUCUGCAUGGUGAGAGCCUGGCAGGGUCAGGUGGUAAGAUUUACGUUGGUGCUGUUGGUUCAGGGAUGGAAAGUGCACGUGCCCUUGGAGACCCUUGGAGGAAUCUUGGUUUGGUUGAUUUGCAAGCACCAGCUUGCUGGCUAGGAGCUGGUGCCCUGAGGUUGGUGAUGCAGGGAAGAACCCCAGAGCGACACGGGGUGCUUCUGUGGCAGGGCACUCACAGCAGCCAGCUGCAGUUUUUCUGGUCCAGUUGCGUUUUCUGAUCUUUUCUUCUCUAAUCCACUGAGCUCUGUGGGAGUCAUCUCUGAAGUAUCUCCAAAGUUGUUAGCUGUAGAUAGCUACUGACUGAGUGCAAUCAGAUCUGGCCGUGAAGGGAGGGGGCACAGGAAUGCAGGAAUGUCUUCCUCCUGGGGCAUUUCCUCCUGGGGAAGGAAGAUGGGAAGGCAUCCUUGUCUGUAAGUAAUCCAAGAGCAAAGCGCUUCUCCUUUUGCAGACAAUGAAUCGUUUCAGCAAGCUGACACUGUUAUUUGUGGCUCCUGGCAGAGCGGAUGCGAGCUUUCUGCCAGGCACUUGCUGCAAUCAGUGCCAGCCCCAGCCCUGCUGCUCGUCUGGCUGGGAGAGAAGCCUUUGUGUGCAGCUGCAGGAACCACAGUGGUGCUUCUGGAUGAAGGACAGUUGUUGUCAGUCCCCUUGGUUACAGUCACCGACUCUGGUCCCUGUACCACUGAGGGGCAGUUAGUGGGCAUGGUGGGGGUGCGUUGGCGGUUGUGCUUGAUGGUCUUAGAAGCCUUUUCCAACCUUAAUGAUUCUAUGAUUUUAUCUCCAUGCUUUUUUCCAGAGAGAGGAUGUCACUUUGGGAAGGAAACCUUUCCCACCUGGCUCUGCUCUGCAAGGCUAGUUAUGCUUAGAAGUUGAGGCUUUUUAAGUGAUUGUGUGGGCUUUAGCUAAGCUGUGAAGAAAGCCUUGUAAACAAUGAGCCUUUGUGACGAAGGCAGAAUGAGUAUAACUUGGUGACCUUAAAAGCAACUGCAAAAUGAACAGCGGAGGACAGUGUAGAAGACGCGUUGGGCUCUUGCUCUGAGCCUCCAGGAUUUGAAGAUGUCUGCGUGCAGUGACUUUGUGGAACACGUGUGGAAGCCUGGCUCCUGUAAAAACUGCUUCAACCCAAAGAGUUCCCAUCGGCUGCAAACACCCCCAGACGUGGGAGCAUGCGGCGUGCUCCCGAAUGGAGGUAGGAGCAAGCCCGAGAGCCCAGCGUUGGAAGACGAAGGCGUAAAUACCUCUGUGUUCUCCAAGCCAACCAUUGCUGUGAAGCCAACUAUGAUCAACUCAGAUGUUUCUGACACGUGGGCGGAUGUGAAUAUGAAUUCAGAUCUGUCACAGGUCGGCUGGGGAAUGGUUUCCGGUAAACAUCUCCUUCUGAAGUCAGGCGACUCACAGCGGAUCUGCCUUGAUGGGUUUGGAGCCAGCGGCGUGAGAAAACCCUUCCUGCACAGCCCACCACGCGACUGCCUGUCCUGCUGCACGCCCAGCUAUUCCAUGGUGGGCCUGCGUGGCCUGGAGAGCCACGUGGAGAGGAACGUAUCCAUCCAUAGCUUGGUGCUGGUGGGCGAGGUGGGGAAGCAAGAGGAAAGAGCCAAGGAAAAGUCUGCCCUGUCACAUCGGCCCCUCUGCCCUAAUCUGGGGGACAGAGGUGUUGUGAGCUCUGGCAGAAACCUUUCACCCCCAGAGGGUGACUGUGGCCGCCUCUGCUCUGGUGUCGAAGGGGAAGGGGGAGAGUACUGUUCGAUUGCAGAGUCCCACAGAGAGAGCCUGGCUCCCCGUGGCUGGAGGCAGAGGGAUACUGUGGAGCUCUCCAGGCUGAGUGGCAGGGCGGCAAAGUUCAGUGAGGAGGAGCGCAGGGCUGUGAAUGUGGCCUUCUGCAUAGCGAAGGAGCGGAGUGAUCUGCUCCCCUACACCUUGUGUGCAGAGAGUAAAAAGCCGACCCGUCAGUCUGACACUGCUGCCCUCCCUGAGAGCAGCAGCAAGAUGGCUGCCUCUGCGCCGUGCCGGGAGAAGGAUGACUUACUUCUCUCCAGAGACCUGGAUGGAGGCUCCAGGCCUGAGGGACUGAACGCUCCCCAGCAGGCCUUGGUGGAGCCGCAGCGUGCCCGCCUCACUGAGCCGGCCCGUGGGGAUCCCAUCUAUGCUGAGAGCACCAAGAGGAAGAAAGCCCAGCUGAAAGGGGUUGGUGGAUGUGUGGAUGCGGAGAAGCUGGCCGGUGGCAAGGAGCAGGCCGAUGGCACGUGGAGGGAAGGGAGCUGGCUGCUGGGUGCUGAAAAGGAGCACCAGGACUCCACAGCCCAAGUGGCAGCAAAGAUAACGAUUAUGGCCGCACACACGGAGGAUGACCACAAGACAAUAUUUCUCAGCAGCCCUGACUCUGCUGUGGGCGUUCAAUGGCCAUGUGUCAGCCCUGCUUCCCACCCUGAUUUUGGGACUUCAUCACCCACUGUUGAGCCUGGAGAGAUUUUUCAAGCAUCUGGAAGUGAAAAUGGCCCAAGGUUUCACUUGGCAGCUCCUACCAAAAACACAGUUAUGGAGAGCCCAGCCAUCCCCCCAAAGAUGUCCAAAAACAGCCAGCAGGGCAGUGAGGAGAGCCAUGUAUCCCCAGUCAGUUCCUCUGUGACAAAGCUUGGUGACACUAGUAGUCAGGAUGGAGCUGGGGCUCAGCUGCCAAGGAGCUGUGCGGAUACAGGUACCUUCAGGACAUCUUCUUCUCCAUGCACUCACGUUAAUGGGAUUUCUGUGGAAGAGUCCAGCAGAAGCCUGGCAGGCUCACCCUAUGACAGGAGGCAGAAAUACUACACCCCUACAUGGGCCAAGCAGUGCCGGAUAGAGGAAGAGGAAGAGGAGGAAGAAGAGGAAGAGCAGGAGCUCUCAACCCACCCAUGGGCAGUGGGAGCUGAGAAUGGAAGAGCUGGCGCUGAUCUUGUGGAAGACUGCCCAGUGCUGGAGAGUCAGGCUGGGAUCAGCAAGUCAUUAUCUUUCUCCUUUGACUUCCCUAAGGACAAGAGCAAUGGGGUGGAGUUUGCCCCACCACCACCGCCGCCACCAAAAAAGCAGUCCAGGCAUGCUCUGAAGAUGAACCCAAAUAACGCUGAGUUGGAGAGGGCCAGCAACAGCUCUGCUGAGAGCCUGAGCCCACCUUUCAGGAGCGUCCACGUCAGCUUCACAGCUGGCUCCUCCGACAGCCUCAACUCUGACACUCAGGCCGGCAGCGAUGGCAGACACUCGUCUGAGCCAAACCACUCACCCCCUCCAGCUGAAAUCCUGGCCUUUCCCCCUGUCCCCUUCCCUCCUGCCUCCGGUGAUGACAGUCUCUCUUCUGUCUCAAGCCGCCCGCCUCCUCUGCCUCAGAAAAAGACAGUGAGCAGGACAGUGUCCUCCCCAGAUGGCUUUUUUGGGGGACAGGGGUCUUCAGGCAGAGCAGCUGGUACUGCUUGCCCCAGGCUGAACGUCAGCCAUUCUGAGAGCAACGUCUGCCUCCACGAGGACUCUCCUUUCCUCCACCCGGCCAGUCUCAGAGGUCACCCCAGCAUCUUCUCCUCCUCAGAGUCCCUGGAGAAAGGCUCCAAAGGAAAUGGCUACUGGGGCUCAGCCACCAGCAAGAACACAGGGACCUGCGUCCCCAGUAGAAACCUCCAGUCCCGUUCUUCCUCGCAGCUCAGCAUGUCCAGCCAGGUAUCAUCAGGCUCCAGCCUCCAGCUCCACAACCUCCUGAGCAAUAUUGACAGCAAGGAGGGGGUAUAUGCCAAGCUGGGGGCCCUCUAUGCUGAGUCCUUACGCCGCCUGGUCGCAAAGUGUGAGGAUUGCUUCAUGCGGGAGCAAAAGAAUGAGCUGCACUUCAAUGAGAACAACUGGUCGCUUUUCAAGCUGACGUGCAACAAGCCCUGCUGUGACUCAGGGGAUGCAAUCUACUACUGUGCCACCUGCUCCAAGGACCCUUCCACCACCUAUGCUGUGAAGAUAUGUAAAACCCAAGAGUCCAAGGCGGCUGCUUCGUACUGCAGCCCCCCAGUGCCGGUCCACUUCAACAUUCAGCAAGACUGUGGGCAUUUUGUGGCCUCUGUCCCCUCCAGCAUGUUGCUGGCCUCCAGUGUGGGGAAGAGCAUGUCUGGGGAUGGCCUCCGUCCCUCCCGCACCACCAGUGAGCAUGACUGUGUGGUGGUCAUCACCCGCGAGGUGCCAAGCCAGACCACCGCCGACUUCGUGAGGGACUCGGUGGCACUGCACCAAGCCAAACCUGAGAUGUACGAACGUCGGGUUUGCUUCUUGCUCCUCCAGCUCUGCAAUGGCCUGGAGCAUCUAAAAGAGCACGGCAUCAUCCAUCGGGACCUGUGCCUGGAGAACCUUCUUCUUGUCCCCUGCAAGCCCCCAAUGAGCUGUGCGAAGGCCAGAGAUGACAGAAAUUUGCCCCGCCUCAUCAUCAGCAAUUUUUUGAAAGCUAAACAGAAGCCAGGAUCUGGAGACUCCAAACUGAAGAAGAGCCAGGCCCGGCUGGCCCCGGAGAUUGUGUCAGCUUCUCAGUACAAGAAGUUUGAUGAGUUUCAGACUGGAAUUCUCAUCUAUGAGCUCCUGCACCAGCCCAACCCCUUUGAGGAGAAGGUGCACCUCAAGGAGCAAGAGUACAGCCCUGAGGACCUCCCUUCUCUGCCCAGCCUGUCCAUUUACUCCCGGGGGCUCCAGCAGCUGGCCCACCUGCUUCUGGAGGCAGAUCCCAUCAAGCGCGUGCGGAUCACCGAGGCCAAGCGGAUGCUGCAGUGCUUGCUGUGGGGGCCACGGAAGGACCUGACUGAACAGCCCCUCAGCCACGAGGAAGCCCUCCACCAGGUGCUUCAGAACUGGGUGGACAUGAAGCGUGCCCUGCUGAUGAUGAAGUUUGCGGAGAGGGCUGUGGACACGGAGCGGAGCGUGGAACUGGAGGACUGGCUGUGCUGCCAGUACUUGGCCUCUGCUGAGCCUGUCUCCCUCUCACACACAUUAAAACUGCUGCAGCUGCUCUGACCUUGGACAUGUCUCAGAGGUGGCUGAGGGCUCCCGAUUGCCUUGCAGUGAAAGGUACACAGCCCCAUUAAAAUGUGAGAGGCUUGAAUCUUGGCUGUGAACAUGUGUUCAUUUCCUAUCCUGUGCUCUGAUCAAUGUAAGACAUGGUUAGUACCCCGAGCACUAAUUUGUGAGCAGGCAAAGCUGGGAGCCUACUCCUCUAAAGGAGGACUUUUUUUGUAUGGUAAGUCUGUGGACUAAUAAACUCCUGCCUUUGUGUGCAUGUUUCUCAUGAGCAAAAUGUACUUGAGUUGGUUUCUGCACAUGUAGGAUGAUCCUUUGUCCCUACUCUGAUCACCAGAGUGGGCAGGCUGGCUUUAUUCUUCCUGGGAGUCAGAGCAGUACAUAUAACUCUCCUUUGUGAGGAAGAACCACAAGGGGCUUUCAAAUUCAUGUGUGUUUUGACAUCCAUUUUACAACAAAAAUCAUGGCUGUAUAAGCUGUAUUUUCUGCUGUGAGAAACACAUUGUCACCGGCCUAUUACAGGUGCUAAUACAGCAUUGCCUUCCUGUCUUGAACUGCAGCCUUGUAGCUGCUCAUUUGUGCAAGGAUGAGAGAGCUAGGAUGGGGCUGUUCACAGAGAUGAUGCUGAAUGCUGGAAUUACCCCUUGUAAAGUUAAUGAAAUGGAAAAUCCCCAAUUCACCUCCAAGGCCUCGGGGAAGAAAGUCAUGGCCAGGCCACUUUGCUUUCCCCAUCCAUCCAACACCUUCCCAUCACCAGGUAACUUACCUGUCCCUUGUGUGUAGCGUUUAUUUAACCCCUUAACUGUGAGAUUAGCUGUCCUGGCCACAGUAGCCUUUGGUAUGAGAGGCCCUUAUUGCUGCUGUGUUUGUGUAACAAAUGUGUAGGGCAGGAUGCACUGUGAAUGUUCUUCCAACAGAUGUGGCACCAUGGAAGAGAGCAAAGCUGCUCAACCCCUUCCAGCUCCUUUCCCUCUAUCAAGACAUACGGCAGCCACCUGGCUUUGUGGAGAUGCCUUGCUGCUGCUAAUUUUUCAGGAAGAUUUGGGGGCUCUCUUCCACUCCAGAAUGAAGCAGAGAUGAGCUGCCAUGCUACAGUUCUGCAGACAUUGGCUGAGGAGUAGGUUUGGGACUUAUGAAGAGAGCCCAGUAUCAGCUUUGUUGAGGGAGGACAUGACUAGCUGAGCUACCCCCAGCUCAGCUGAAAACGAGGAGAUAUUCAUCCAAGCUGAAAACGAGGAGAAAACUUUCCUUCAGUCUCACUUCACUUCCAGCUCUAGCCUGCUCUCUUGUGGGAAUUUUAAUUCCCCAGGAUUUUUGACACAUUGUACGCUUUCUGUGAAUCUUCUCCAGGCUUCUCACCUGGAUUUUUUAAUCUAUUUGGCUGUGGUUGCUGCUGAUGGGAGGGGAUGGUUCCUUGGCUGGGCACCCAUUUGCAAUGAAUUUCCCCCAACCCCCUUAGGGAGGAAGCCUUGCACGUCCCUGCCUGCUGAAAGAAUGUGAGAUGACUCCAACUGUGACUGUCGGGGAUUUUUUUUAUGCAUUGGCUUUCUUGCGCCUGACUUCCAUACACUUCCCUCCAAUACAGGCAGCGUGAACCUUCUUGCUUGGGAACCACUGUCCUGUGGACCAUCCUGCAUGCUUUACCCUGGAAACUCUGGCCCCAGUCUGCAGCACGUGAUCUUAUAACAGUGGUGCUGGCAAAGAGAGAUAGAUAAUAUAUGUGGCAAGUGGUUUGCAAGGCUCAGCUCAGGACCCAAACAUCCAGCUAGCCCACAUAAAGCAAGGUUGGAUCCAUUUUGCAUGCUGACUUUAGUAACAAACAUCCACCCUGAGUAUUGCUGUGAGGUCUGCAUGAUGUAGGAUUUGAACCUGAUUGUAAUGCUUUCACUUAAGUUGGGGUGUUUGAGACUGCUUCUGGUACUGAUCCUGGUUCCCUGCAGCAGCAUCUCCCAUAUAUCAGAGGCCAACAACAGUCUUGUAACAUUUUCAGCUAUAUUCUGGUGACAUUGAAUGAUUGGUUUCAUGCUUUCAUAUAAACAAAAUCUCUUAAAUCUACAUUUUCCUAAUAUCUUUCCCUCUGAUAUCUCAUGCUUUUCUCCAGCCUAAAAUAUAUCAGGGAAAGUGUGAAGGGACACCUGCUGGGGAAGCACAGCAAGCCCAUGCCUUCCAGUUGUGCUGCUGGGGGGUAGGGAAAGG